AUGGACUCCAAGAAGUUCAUGCAGAUGGUGGAGGAGAAGAAACGGCAGAUUCUCGAGAAGAAGGAAGCUCCUCUGAAAUGGGAGCAGAAACUAGAGGCGGCUGCCAAGGCUGCUGGAACCAAGGAGAAGAACUCUGAGGUGAGAAGAAAGUCGAGAAGAACUCACAGUAAGCACCGGAGGCAUGCACACUCUGAUUCAGAUGACAGCAAUAGGAGGAAAGAUAAGAAAUCCAGAAGGCAUAAGAGAAGGUUAUCAAGCCGAAGCGUUGAUAGCAGUGAUGAGUAUGAAAGCGGGUCAGAGGACGAGCUUAGGAAGACGAUAAAGCACCACCGGAGCCAAGCUCUCCUCAGAGACGUCAACAACGCGAGAACUCAAGGAUCAGAGUACAAAUACCUCAGAAAGAAAGCAAGCUUGGUGGGACAUCAAGCCACACCGAUGAGUCUCCAGUUUUAG